CGGCCCAGCCUAGGGCACACCCUUGCGCCCUGGGUGCGUUGUCGAGGUGUCGGAACCCUGCCUUCUGCCGCCUUGCUAGCCAUGGUUUCCUCCCGGGUCCGGAUCGGGAGAUGGGUGGCAGCAGCCAGGGCGGCCCAGAGGCGCCCCCGUGUGGACAGCCUGGGACAGCCUCAGAGUCCCGAGUCCGCGAGCACGCGCGCCGCGCUUUACGUGCACUGGCCCUAUUGUGAGAAGCGCUGCAGCUACUGCAACUUCAAUAAGUAUAUCCCCCGCGGCGUGGAGGAGGGGGCCAUGCGGAACUGCCUGGUGACGGAGGCGCGGACGCUGCUGCGGCUCAGCGGGGUGCAAAGGGUGGAGUCUGUGUUCUUUGGUGGGGGAACCCCAAGUCUGGCCAGUCCUCACACCGUGGCUGCUGUCCUGGAGGCCGUGGCACAGGAAACCCAUUUGCCUGCAGAUUCGGAAGUCACAUUGGAGGCUAACCCCACUUCAGCCCCAGGUUCCAGGCUGGCAGCUUUUGGAGCAGCAGGCGUCAACAGGUUGUCCAUUGGUCUGCAGUCCCUGGAUGACACGGAGCUGCAGCUGCUGGGACGGACUCACUCGGCCAGCGACGGUUUGCAGACUCUGGCAGAAGCCAGGCGCCUAUUCCCUGGCAGAGUAUCGGUAGAUUUAAUGCUGGGGCUGCCGGCACAAAAGGUGGAGCCGUGGCUUCGACAGCUCCAGAGACUGCUGUACCACUGCGAUGACCACCUCUCCCUCUACCAGCUGACCCUGGAACGGGGCACCUCACUCUUUGCCCAGGUGCAGCAGGGCACCCUCCCAGCCCCUGACGCCGACCUGGCUGCUGAGAUGUACCAGGAGGGCAGGACGGUCCUUCGAGACGCUGGCUUUCGCCAGUAUGAGGUCUCCAACUUUGCACGGAACGGGGCGCUCAGUACCCACAACCGGACCUACUGGCAGUGCGGUCAGUAUCUUGGCAUUGGGCCUGGAGCCCACGGACGAUUUGUGUCCCAGGGAGCCGGAGGUCACACCCGGGAUGCACGGAUCCAGACGCUGGAGCCAGACAACUGGAUGAAAGAGGUGAUGCUGUUUGGUCAUGGCACCCGGAAGUGUGUCCCCCUGAGCAAGCUGGAGGUGCUGGAGGAGGUUUUGGCUAUGGGGCUGCGCACUGAUGUGGGGGUCACUCAUCAGCACUGGCAGCAGUUCGAGCCCCAGGGUCUGACACUGUGGGACGUGUUCGGAGGAAGCGGGGAGGUGGAGGAGCUGCGAGCGCAGGGUCUGUUGCUGUUGGACCACAGGGGUCUCCGGUGUUCGUGGGAGGGGCUAGCUGUGCUGGACUCACUGUUGCUGAUCCUCCUGCCUCAACUCCAAGAAGCCUGGCAGCACAGGACUCCCUCACCUGUGUCAGGAGGAUGACCAGCUGCUUCUGCAUCACAGGGCAACAGCAGUUGGACUUCCAAGGUUAGGCCGGCAUGGCAAACAUCUCUCCUCUGCCUGCUUUAAGGUGCCGGCCUCUCUGCUUUAAGUUGUUAUUGCUUGGCUCUGAUGUCCCCCCCGGGAUGGCUACAUUGAACUGGGAGAAAGAGCAUCUCUGGUCCUGGAGCUGGUACCCACCAACAUCUCAAGGACCACAGAUCGGCCUGUGUUCCCAUGUGAGCCUAGGAGGUACUCGUCACACACUGGCUUUUGUUGGCUCUUUUGGACAUUAAAUAACAAGCAAUAUUUGGAAGUUAUUCUGCAGGGAAUUGUGUCUGUUGGAGAAGUCUCCCUCAUUCUGGAGAAAAGCCCCGAGUUGGCGUGUAUGAUUCAGUAGUGUAACACCCGAUUUUGUGUUACACCCUCGGUACAGUUCGCGCACCACUGUACCAUACGCAAGUCGGGCAAGGGCCUGGAGAUUGAAAGAACACACAAAGAGACCUGGGUCAUUCGUAAGGAGAUCAGCCGAAUGCCAUUUAUUCAACCUUGGGGAAAUCCUUAUAUACCUAGCUGUUGCACAAGGAUUUCUGCCCAGGCAGGUGGGAAAUUACCAUGCCAAAGAUGGAGUCAACAAUGCCCUACAGCUAAUCACCAGGUGGGGCAGGGGGAGCACAGGAACAAACAGAAUGCUUUAGUUAGCUGACCAGAAACUGUCCUCAAGAUGCACCCCAGGAACAAGGGUAGAUCCGGGCCCUACAAGUAGAACUAAAUCCCCUCCAGGUAUCUUAAACAAGUAAAAAAAAAAACACAAAAAUGGGAUAUUUACAGAACCAUUUGAGAGGCUGGAGAGAUGGUCCAGUAGUUAGAGCACUGCUCUUCCAAAGGACCAGGCUUCAGUUCCCAGCAGCCAUGUGGUGGCUCACAACCAUCUGUGACGCCCAUUCUAGGGGACCAGGAACCCUCUUCUGUCCUCUGCAGAUACCAGGCACAUAUGUGGUACAUGGACACUCAUUCAGGCAAAACACUCACAUGCAUAAAAUAGAAAUAAAUCUUUUAUUAAAAAGCAUAUUUGAGAUUUUUAGUCAAGGCUAUUUGUUGUACAGAAUGGGUCCCAUACUCUGGGUUUAUCUGAUUAUCUGAUUGUUUUCUUUUUCAAGACAAGGUUUCUCUGUGUUACAGUCGUGAUUGUCCUGGAACUCCUUUUGUAGACCAGUAUGGCCUCAAACUCACUGAACUCAAGUUAGGAUCAAACCUAUGACCUUGCUCAAGUCGGACAAUUGUUCUCUUGCUGAACUAAGCCUGACUUUCCUUUUUUUUCUUUCUUUCUUUCUUUCUUUCUUUCUUUCUUUCUUUCUUUCUUUCUUUCUUUCUUUCUUUCUUUUUAAUGAGCGACCCUCAGUGUUAGAAUUCAGACCAGACUGCUGCUCAGGCCAUGCCCACCUGCAACAACCUCCUUGGUCUAUGCUAGAAAUGCCAGGCUGUGAUCCCUAGCCCUCCGGGCUCCUCGGUGUCCACCCGUCAGCCCCCAGGUUGUCAUACUCCUUGGACAUGGAAAGGUUGUCAUAAUGGGUUUCCCUCCACUAGAUGCGCCCUCCUCUUCAAAGUGGCUUAUUCCUUGCCAGCAAUGCAACACCCUCCUUCUUCUUCCCUACUGCCUGCAGGGGAAUCAGAGACAGCCCUGAAGAAGGGGAAAUCUCCUCCUUCCUCCAAAGCCUAUAGGAAGGGAUUCCCCCCCCCCCCCGCAACUUGUGCCUUGCAGAACUUUAAUUAUCAUCAGAGCCCAGCCGUGUUAUCCACGUACCCAUAUAACUAGG